CCAGGAGCUUCUAAGAUUAUUAAAUUCCCAACACAGGCUGGCUCACACUGAUCACUCAAAGCAUCUCUCACCAUAAGAGCUCACUGGAAGCAGAUUGAAAGAUUCAACAAAUCCAUUAAGUGAAUUACACAAUCUGUCAGACAUCCAAAUCUGAUGAAAUCCAGACUGUGAGAUGACGGAUCUUGUCUCAAAUAACUGUAAUGAUGCUGCACUAUUCAGCACAGAUUGAAGUUGCUUGAUGAGAUCUCUAAUGAGGUCAUAUACAAAAGAUUUCAGUGUGUUGAGUGACACCUCCAGAAUGACCAAAAGCAGCGGUGAGAAGUCGCAGUCAUGCAGCCGUGUGCAACAGAUCCGAGAGGGAAUUCACCUGCGUUCCCUCAAGGCAAGGAAGAAAGUGGAAGAUGUCUCUAAAGAUGACGUUAAGACAUUUUUGAGAAGAAAUGGUUUUGUGCUGUUCACCAUUGGAGCCGUGGUCAUUGGUAUCAUGCUGGGGUUUGCCCUGCGGCCAUACAAGAUGUCAUACAGAGAAGUGAAGUAUUUCUCCUUUCCCGGAGAACUAUUGAUGCGAAUGCUGCAGAUGUUAGUGCUCCCCCUACUGGUAUCCAGUUUGAUUACAGGGAUGGCAGCGUUGGACAGUCGUGCCUCUGGAAAGAUGGGCAUGCGUGCAGUCAUAUACUACAUGACCACUACUUUCAUCGCCGUGUUUAUUGGCAUCAUCAUGGUUCUGAUUAUCCACCCGGGCAAAGGCUCAAAAGAUGAAUUCACCAAACAGCAGAAGAUCGAGCAGGUCAGCCCUGCGGAUGCCUUCCUAGAUCUCAUCAGAAACAUGUUUCCACCGAAUCUGGUCCAAGCUUGCACACAACAGUUCAAGACUCAGUAUGGCAAGAGAAUAAUUCAUGUGAAGAUGAUAGUGAAUGAUUCUAUAUUUAACCUAACCAACGCCACCCAAGAGAUCGCCCGAGAGGAGGUAAUUCCUCUUUCUGGCACCACCAGUGGGGUUAAUGCCCUUGGGCUGGUAGUAUUUUCAAUGUGCUUCGGCUUCAUAAUUGGGAAUAUGAAGGAAAAGGGACAGGCUCUCAGAGACUUCUUCGACUCACUCAAUGAGGCCAUCAUGAGACUUGUUGCUAUUAUUAUGUGGUAUGCUCCUAUUGGAAUUCUCUUUCUGAUUUCUGGAAAAAUCGUGGAGAUGGAUGACAUCACUGAGAUGGGCGGUCAGCUGGGCAUGUACACUGUCACAGUGAUAAUUGGCCUCAUGAUACAUGGUGUGAUCGUUCUACCGACUUUGUACUUUGUCAUCACACGGAAGAACCCUUUUAUCUUCAUCACGGGUUUACUGCAGGCCCUCAUCACUGCUCUCGGAACAUCUUCCAGCUCAGCUACUCUUCCAGUCACCUUCAAAUGCCUGGAAGAGAAUAACAAAGUUGACAAACGUGUGACUCGAUUUGUGCUGCCUGUUGGAGCUACGAUCAACAUGGAUGGAACAGCACUCUAUGAAGCCCUGGCAGCCAUCUUUAUCGCCCAGGUUAACAACAUGGACAUGAACUUUGGGCAGAUCUUAACCAUUAGCAUUACAGCCACUGCUGCAAGUAUUGGGGCAGCAGGAAUCCCCCAGGCUGGGCUGGUCACCAUGGUGAUUGUACUGACCUCUGUCGGACUGCCGACUGAUGAUAUCUCCCUCAUCAUUGCAGUUGAUUGGUUUCUCGAUCGACUGCGCACUACAACUAAUGUGCUGGGAGAUUCAAUAGGAGCAGGAAUUGUGGAGUUCCUAUCCAAAGAUGAGCUUCAAAGCCGUGAGGUGGAGUUGGGAAGCUCUGUGCUAGAGGAGAAUGAAGUGAAGAAACCAUAUCAGAUGAUUUCUCAAGAGAACGAAUAUGAGAAUGAGAAACAACCACAGAGUGAAACCAAGAUGUAGAGGAUGCAUGUUCAGUGUUUAACUAAGGAUUUUUUGUGUGCUUAUGUAUGUAUAGUGGCCCCAAAAAUUAUCUAGACACUUAAGCCACACUUAAGUAACAUUAUAAAACAAAAUUUCAAACAAAGUGGCAUUUAUUUUAAAUAAAUAUAGCACAGACACACUUUUCAAGCAAAAUAUUACACAAAGUAGUUUGAUAGGUUUCAAAUGAUAAAAUUAGAUAUAUUGUGCAAAACAAAACAAAACAAAAACGUAUUUGGACAAUUAAACUUUGUAGAAAUGUGUGGUAAAUCUGACAGGGCACCUUUGUGAACUUGAGGGGGACUGACUUCAUAUAUCCACUAAAAAACACCAGUUGGUUAAAAAAAUUUAAUAAUGGCUAUAGGUCAAGUUAGUUCUGAGAACAGGUCUAGCAUAAUUUUUUUGCCAAUGCCACUAUUUUUGAUGUUUUGUUUUUUGAUGCAACUUAAGUGUCUAAAGGAGUCCAAACAGUUUUUGGAGCCAUUGUAAGCCUAUGUGUUGGCUUUGUUAUGUUUUCUUUAUUUUAUAUUUUUCAUUUUGCAUUUGGUUUUCAGCCUUCUUUUGUCCUUUUACUGUUAUUUUAUUCUUGUGCUUUGGAUAUCUCCAGGUCAUGCCAAUUAUUCAUUUGAUCUGACAGGAGAGGUUUGCAUUUAUAAAAAAAUAUAAUAAUGCAUGUUCUUUUUUGUACUUCUUUCAUUUUUUCAUUAAUUAGUUGAAAUGUGAAUCUAUCGUACAGAUGGCAUUGAAAUUAAUCGUAGAUGCAACAGGUCACACAAGCUACAGUUACAAUAAUAAUAUCUGGAAUCAAACCUUAUGGGUUUGACGAGGUUAAACAGAACAGGGUCAUGAAUGUACACUGGAUUGAUUUUAAGCUGAAAUUAAUUUUACCGUACUUUUAUCACAGUUAAUUAUCCAUGUGAUAAGAAAGAGUCAAUGUAACACUGUUAAUGUAAAGUUUUGAACUGAGUGUUCAACAUGGUCAGGAUUCCAUGAUUCAAGAUCUUUGGUCAUUUAUAAAAGAGGAUAAAAUAUGUCAAACUGUAAAUAUCAGGAGAAAAUUAUGUUUGGUUUGGAAAGAUGCUUAACAUGUCUUUAUGUAUGCAAGGACUCAUUAAUAUUUGAGCAGUUAUUUUAGCAUAUCCACGACCUUUUAUUGCCAUUUGCUAACAUUAAUAAUAAUUAGAAAUUAUUAUUAAAUGCUACUGAUUAUUAAUUGUAGGUGAAUGGGCUGAGUGUUACUCCUAGAGUCCUGUGAUUGCGAUAACACACAAAGUUUUGUCAUUUUGAAAACUGUAUAUCUUUUGAAACAGAAAUAGACACACAAUAUAUACCAAUUCAAUUGAAAACGUUUUUUUAAAUGCUUAAAUAUGUUUUUCAGGUUGCUGAAUAUUUCCUAUCAAGUGUGUAAAGAACAAAAUGGGUAUUUAGAAAUGAUAUAUAAUAAAGAUGAUAAGGAUUUUGUGUAUGUUAAAUAUAGUUUUAAAUAAAAUG